UUACAGAAAACUGGAAGAUGCAGGUUGUCCUUUGAAAGAUGGAAGCAAUAGGUGGAAGAGUAUUCUUUCUGCCUCAGUGAAAAUAAUAAUUCUGGUAGCUCCAGUUUUGAUCACUUGGGUCUGGAAGAACAGCAUGACAACAUGGGACUCCAGGAAAAACAGCUUCCAUGGCAUAUUGCGUACAGGGCACAACUAGGAUGAGUGCUGCAGAAAGUUCUUCGGAGCAUGGAGAGCAUGAUCAAUCAUCAAGCAGAAAGAACUUGACAAGUUCUCUUGAACAAAAGAUAAGGUGCUUGGAAAAACAGAGAAAAGAGCUCCUGGAAGUUAACCAGCAAUGGGAUCAGCAAUUUAGAAGUAUGAAAGAGUUAUAUGAACGAAAGGUCGCAGAGCUGAAAAUGAAACUGGACGCCGCAGAAAGGUUCCUCAGCUCGCAGGAGAAGGAGCGGCUUCAAAGUCAGAGAGAGAGCGACCGGCUGCACGACCAGACCCGCCAGAGGCUGCGGCUCGAGGAGAAGGAAAAGGAGAGCCUAAGUGAAGAAUUACAUGAAUUGAAGAAAGAAAAUAAGCUUUUGAAGGAAAAAAACACUCUUGCGAGCAAGAAGAAGGAACAGUAUGAAUGUGAAAUAAAGCGCCUCAAUAAGGCUCUUCAAGAUGCCUUGAAAAUCGAGUGUUCUUCAUUUCCGGAGGAUUGUUUGGGAAAAUCUGAACUGGAGUGCAGACAUAAGGAGAUGAGAACAGAAAUGGAAGUUCUCAAACAGCAGGUGCAAAUAUAUGAAGAAGAUUUCAAAAAGGAACGAUCAGACCGUGAAAGACUUAAUCAAGAGAAAGAGACCCUACAGCAAAUUAUUCAAACUUCUCAAUCCGAGUUGAAUAGGCUGAAUUCUCAGAUAAAAGCUUGUCAGAUGGAGAAAGAAAAACUCGAAAAGCAGUUAAAACAGAUGUAUUUCCCAAUCUGUAACUGUGGCUUCAAUUUCCAUCUGCGGGAUCCAUGCACACUGGCAGACCCUGGGACUGAACAAGAUCUACAUAAGCACCCACCAGACUAUCAGUGGUAUGCUCCUGACCAGUUUCCGCCAGAUGUGCAGCACAAGGCAAAUGGCUUCUCAGAAAAGAAAGUCAAUCAGUAGAAGCACACACACGUGCAGAGCGUACGGGCGGAGGGAGAGCUUGGCCGAGGGCCCUCAUUUCUCUUUUUCCCGUGGCUUGCGUCUGCACAACUGCGUACCAUCUGCUCCAUUAUUUGUGCCCGGCAGUGUCUCCCUGUGGCAUGGAUAGAGGAAAAGACUUGUGACGGCUAAGAUCGUGAUCAAGUCUGAGAAGCCAAUGUGACACAACCAAACACAACUUCCAGUUUCCUCGGCAUGAGAUUGAGCAGACAGAUUAUGCGCCCUUCUUUGAAACUCUCUUCAGCAUAUCGCUGUCAGAUUUUACAGAGGUGAUUUCCCAAUUUCAGCGACUCCACUUUUGGUGCAGUGGUGUUAUAUGUUGAUUGAAAUAUGUAUUCCCUGGGGGAAAAGCAUCUGCAGGGGUAAAUUUGUAACAUUGCUCCCCUUAGUUGUAUAGGGGCUUGGUUCUUUAGCCUGUUUGAUUAGAUACUGUGUUCAUCCUUGUUGGCCUCAGUGAACUUGUCAAUAGGACUGAAGAGGUGUAUAUACUUCCUGAAACUCAAUGAAUGGUUCAAUCUGAAUAACAUAUAAACUUGAAACUGUUCUUUAAACGGAUCAUUCCUUUAAGAUGAUGGGAAAUUGUGAGCCUACUUCAUUUCUAGGUGGACUAGAUUGUGAAAGAAAACCCUACUGUGAUGAUGACGGUAAUGGCUGUGUUCAUAUACACGUCCAGUAGUAGUUCGGAGAUACGUGGAUUUGUAGUUAAAUCUGUUUUUUCUUCCUGUGGAUUUGAGUAAUUAUUGAUGAAAAAUAUGUCUGACUUCUCGAACCUAUUAAAAUGGAAAAUGAAUGUA